AUGGAUCCUUCAAGUUUUCAACUCUUUAUUUCCUUUAACAUAAAAGGAAUAAGAAUAAAGCAGAGGGAUGUUGAAAGCAAUGAACCAAUUGUUUUUAAAAUGGAUGGUGCACGAUUUGCCACCUCAACACGAACACUGAAAAUUUGUGUAAACAGUGUUUAUAGGAUUACAAUUGAAUGUAAACCGUGGAAAAAACUUGACUCUGUGAAUCUAAGUGGUUCAGAGUUACGUCUAAAUGAGGAAGGUGAAGGUAGCAGUAUGCAAUAUGUCGCCGACUGGGAUACCAGACAACGAACGCCUAACCGUCGUGCUACACGAUCUCACCUUCACUUUGCAAUACAGGUUUUGCAAUUCAUUCGUAAUUCUUGCUAUUAG